AUGGUGCUGGACUUGUGUCACGAACUUUACGUUAGUGGACAAGAGAACCUCUUCUGGCAGCCAGAGAAUGAGGAGCAUCAGAGGCGUCGUUGGCUGGCACCCAAGGUCCAAGCACCCAAGCCCGUUUCAAAGGUGCUCAAGGCCGUCCCAGCAGUUUCCGGACUGGCCUCGACCUGUGCCCCAGUCGCCCUGACCUCCCAGCGUGCCCAUCGGACAACACAGCCGACCACCAUUGCCUCGUAUGUUGUCGGCCAGACAUCCCCCGCUCGUGAGAUUUCCAAGACCUAUGCAACAGCUCGCAGCAUCGCAGGCUUCCGCCAAGUUCCUGCAACUGGCACACUGUUGGCCCCAGCUGUAUCGGUUCUCCAAAAGAGCCGGGUCCCGGCGUUCCAGCGCAGCGUCCAGCACCCUGCCGUGCCCGUGAAGCAGGUCCACCAAACCGCACCGCGUGUCACGAUGCGGGUGGUGCAGCCGGCGGUCUACAGGCCCGUUCAGGUGCGCGCUGCCCCAGUCGUGUAUCCAAUAUCUCGCGAGACGUCCUUCCUCAGCUACUAUCCCAUGGCAUACCCCGUCUAUGUGAACAACCGCAUCCGCGGGACCGUGCGUGCCUAG